UGUACACAGAAAGAUACCAGUGCUCUGCAGAUAGUGCAUUGUGACAGUCCUGAACACAGCACACACGCGUUUCAGUUUACCUAAGUGUUUUGUUCACCUCAUAUUGUUCGCGAGGUUGCAGAGAACCCCACAAUAAGGCAGCAUGGCAGCUCUAAAAUUCGCAGGUUUGGAUGACACUGACAGUGAGGACGAGCUACCACCAGGCUGGGAAGAGAGGAACACAAAGGAUGGAUGGGUUUACUAUGCCAACCAUGAGGAGAUGAAGACCCAGUGGGAACAUCCGAAAACUGGAAAGAGGCGACGAGUAGCUGGAGAUCUGCCUUAUGGAUGGGAACAAGAAACUGAUGACAAAGGUCAAGUUUUCUAUGUUGACCACAUAAACAAACGCACCACCUACUUCGACCCUCGUCUGGCCUUCACAGUGGAGGAUGUGGAGGAGCAGCCCAGCAUCAAGCAAAGAUACGACGGCAACACUUCAGCUCUGGAGAUCCUGCAGGGACGAGACCUCUCGGGGAAGGUGGCUGUCAUUACUGGAGCAAAUUCUGGGAUUGGUUUUGAGACGGCAAGGACUUUUGCUCUCCACGGAGCCCAUGUUAUUCUGGCCUGCAGGAACAAUAUUCGAGCCACAGAAGCAGCAAAGUCGAUCUUGGGAGAGUGGCACAAGGCCAAGGUGGAAGCCAUGACCCUUGACCUUGCUUCGCUGCACAGUGUGAAGGAGUUCACAGAAGCUUUCAAGGGAAGAAACCUGCCGCUGCACAUUCUGAUCUGCAAUGCUGCUGUGUUUGCUCAGCCCUAUAAGCUGACAGAAGAUGGCCUAGAGUCAACCUUCCAGAUCUGUCACCUGGGACACUUCUACUUGGUUCAGGGCCUCCAGGAAGUGCUCCGCCGCUCUGUUCCUGCCAGAGUGAUUGUGGUAUCCUCAGAGUCCCACAGAUACACAGAUCUGGUAGAUUCCAGUGGAAAGAUGGAUCUUGCCCUGCUGUCUCCUUCCAAGAAAGAGUACUGGUCCAUACUGGCCUACAACCGUGCCAAACUCUGCAAUAUCCUGUUUUCGAACGAACUCCACCGCCGGCUGUCUCCUCAUGGCAUCACCUCCAAUGCAGUGCAUCCUGGGAACAUGAUGUAUACCUCACUUCACCGCAGCUGGUGGCUGAUGACCUUGCUGUUUACUUUUGCUCGCCCCUUUACAAAAUCCUUGCAACAAGGGGCGGCCACCACUGUAUACUGCGCCACUGCUCCUGAACUGGAGAGCCUAGGAGGGAUGUAUUUCAACAACUGUUUCCGCUGCCUGCCUUCACAGGAAGCCCAGAGCGAGUCGACGGCUGUAUCCUUGUGGGAGCUGAGCGAGCGGCUGAUCCGGGAGAGAAUUGGCAGGCAGUCCCUCUGAAGCGAUGCGGUUGUUUGGGGGGAUAAGCAAAAACGGGGAGCAAGAUGGCUCAGAUAUAAAAAAGAAAAAAAUCAGAAUAAAAAUAGAAGCAAGAAAAAGAAAAGCAACUUGACCCAAGACUGUACUGUAAAGUAAGCUGCCAACUCUGGAUCUGCAUCCAACGACAUCUCCUCGUGGUUUUCAUACGGCUUGUAUAUGGAUGAAAGUGUGAAGUGAAAUAGCUGCAGUCACAACACAGUGAAAAUGUUAAGAGCUAAUGGGAAGUAGGGAAUACAGCGGGAUAAAGGAGACAGUAUCCGUCUUUUUCUCUUUUUUCCCCUUUUUAACUUCUAUGGAGCCUACACAUGGGAAUUUGGAAAGCUGCAUUUCCUCUCGGUUUCACUGACUGGUGUUACUGUUUGUGGGGAUUUUUUUAGGUCAAAUCUGUUCAUUUAAAGCUGUAGACACCAGCCAAAUCCCUUGAUGUGGGGGGUGGGCAUGCUUUGAUAUGUGGCUAAUUGUGAUUUCAACUUAAUAGAGACAUUCCACCCUUAUAGAGCAAACCAAGGCAAGGACCACUGUCUGGGGACCAACAACAUAAAUCAAGCUGGUUGAUCUGACAAAUGUGUGUGUGUGAAUAAAAAUAUAAAUGUA